AUGUUGUUUGUGAAUGUCAUCCCUUCUGAGCCUCAGCCUGAGCAAGUUCCCAUAGUGCCCAUAGUGCCCACAGUGCCCACAGUGCCCAUAGGGGACCAAAGUUCUGUUGGUAUGAACUAUGAAAACCAACAUGCGAAGGAUGGUGAAAUCGGACCUAACGCCAUUGUUGUCUACGUAGGCAAAGAAAAGGCUGUAGAGGGUGAUUCUAAUAAAGAGGGUGAAGCUGAAUCACGUGAUGAAGGUGAUGAAUAUACUGAGCCACGCCCUGUUGUAGAACCGUUAAAGUCGGACAAGGUGCGUUAUGUGGUCAAAUGUCCUAAAGAAGGAUGUAACUGGGGUUUACGAGGUGGUAGGAUUCGAGGGCAAAUGGAAACUCCACCUCCGAAAAUUAUCAUGGAUCUUGUCAAGACAAAAUUAGGUGUUGAUAUAUCAUAUUCCACGGCGUUGAGAGGGAAAAAUCAAGCUGUUACUGAUUUGAAAGGUAGCCCAGAAGAAAGCUACAAGAUGCUGCGAUGUUAUCUGCACAUGUUAGAGAAGGUUAAUCAUGGUACAAGAUCAUAUGUGCAUUGCGAUGAGAAUAAUAAAUUCAUGUACUUGUUCAUAGCUUUGGGAGCUAGCAUUGAAGGAUUUAAAGUCAUGAGGAAAGUUAUAACUAUGGAUGCAACUUUUCUAAAGAACGGAUAUAAGGGUGUUCUUGUUUUUGCGUCGGCUAAAGAUCCUAACCGUCACCAUUAUCCCUUGGCGUUUGGUGUUCUUGAUGUAUUUAUGACUGACAGAAAUACAAGUCUCAUAAAAGCUAUAGCUAAUGUGUAUCCUCUGGCUCAUCAUGGUUUUUGUAUAUGGCAUUUAUCCCAAAAUAUGAAAGGUUAUGCUCGUAACGUGAACAAAGACGUUGUUGCAUGGAGAUUCAUGGAGUGUAGUAGGUUUUACACAGUGGCUGAGUUCAACAUUGCUUACGCAUCUUUUACGACAAGAUAUCCUUCUGCUGCCAAGUAUCUUGAAGAAUCUACCCAGAAAGAAAGAUGGGCACGAUGUGUUUUUCCAGGAGAUAGAUACAACCUAGACACAAGCAACUGUGUUGAAUCGUUGAACAGUGUAUUCAAAGAUGCAAGGAGGUACUCCUUGAUACCCAUGCUUGAUGCAAUACUUAAAAAAUUCUCUGAAUGGUUUAAUGAACAUCGAAAAGAUGCUGUGUCUGGAUCAGUCGCAAAUAAAUUGGUGCCUUUAGUGGAGAACUACUUACAUGAUUUAUGGGCAACUGCUGAGAAACUAAAGGUGAUAGAGCUAAAUGGUUUCGAGCUUGAAUACAAUGUCAUUGACAGUGACGGAAAGCCUUAUUUGGUGAAGUUGCGAUUGAGAAGUUGCAGUUGUAGGUUUUUCGAUAUACAAAAGUAUCCUUGUGUGCAUGCAUUGGCGUCUUUCAUUACAUACCAAAAAUAUGGAGGUAAGGAUUUCGAGUUACAUGAGUUGUGUUCUAAGUAUUAUUGGACGGAGCUGUGGGCAAUUGCAUAUUGCAGGACAAUUUAUUUAGUACCUGAUAAGUCUCGAUGGGAUAUCCUAGAUGACGUCCAAGAUAAGGAGAUCAUACCUCCGAAUCGGAAAAUAAGAGGGGGAAGAAAGAAAACAAAAAGGGGGAAAAAUUGGGCUGAUGCAAUUGAAGAAGAAACCCAAACCUUAAGGAAAGAUGUUGAUAACCAUUGGGAGAGAUUGAAGGAAUUUGAACCCCAUCAUACUAAGAUCUAUAAUUUGCAGAUGGAGCUUAAGGAGAAGAGUGACGAGAUUGCCAAACUAAAGGAGGAGUUGGCGUUGCUUACCACUCGAGUCGAUCUCCUGGAUAGGUUGUGUUUCGAUUGA